AUGGCUCUCGAGGCGGAGGAUAUGACCGUGGACCAUCUCAGGGAGGUGCUCGAUGGCAUGGUUUGCAGGAACUCCACCAGUCCUAUUACCUUGGCAGAGCAACCGCCUGGCUCUUUCAACCCGGUCAACUUCCCCUGUGCGGACUUGCUCCACACAGACAACGCGAGCGUGCACCUCUUCGAUGUCAUCUUCAACUACCGCAAGGAGAUUGACUUUACCGUGUUGGAGCGCGAGUACAAGCGAGACAUUGAAAAUGAAGAUCUGGACCUUAUUUCUGCACCCUUCGGCUUGCAGAAGAAAGUGGGCAAGGAUGUAAAACUCCAGAUGGUCAUCCUGAAAGCAUUGGAUGGAUCUUAUACCAUUUGGAAGCACUUCAUCUUCCCCCAGAAAUGCAAGGCCCCUCUCUUCAUGAAGCUCGGCUUCGGAGUUGCCAAGCGCGCCAUCUGGAUGCAGGAGCCCAAGCUCGGCAGAAAGAUCGUGCAAUACUGCAUUGAGACCAUGGGUGGUCGGCAGUUCAAGUGUGCGGAGCUGUCGAGCAACGCCAUCGUGAAGUCCAAGACUGUUUCCUCAUUCGAGGACAAGACAGAUGAGGAAGUGGAUGCGGGGUUCGAUUUCAUUUUGGCACAUGGCCCCAGGAGCUCAUCUGAAAUGCAGCAGCUGCGAUGGAUGACAAAGGAGUUGCGCCGGAAAGCUUCUCCCAUCCAUGGAUGGCCUCAGGCCUUGGUUGGCCGCGCUCUUCGGAACUUGGCUUCGGAUGGCGCUUUGGCCCGCAAGGAGUUCGAUUGGCCCAUCCCCUUGACGACCAAGUAUUACCAUUCCUGGCUCUUGGAGAUCAUGGAGGAGAUAUGGGACUUCGAUCUCUCAGCCUUCACCAUGCUGGGGGAGGCGGGCGCGGGAAAGAGCCCGUUGGGUAGGAGCGUCCUGAUGGCACAGGUGCGCCACAACAAGGCGCGCUUCAACUUGUCGGGUCAGCCUUGUAUCCGCUCUACGCCGGAGAUUGACUUUCUUCGUGGCGAACAGGGGUCCGUGCUCAUGGGCGAUUUCCUGGAUGACACAUCCUUGCACAUGCUCCCGAUGAAGUUGCUCAAGGCAUUCCUGGAUGUCGGGCUCUAUGAGAGCAUGUGUUGGGCUCGAUGGGGUGCGACAAAAUGGGUUCAAAACGAACCUCGUGCCGUCGCAGAUAACACCUAUGAUGAUGGUGUUUCCGAGGAGCCUGCGUAUGCCAACACCGUCAGCUUCGAGACUUUCUUCAAGCUCAUGCGCCCCAGCAUUGUGGAAAGUGCCACUCUCGCCCACAUGGAUGCUGUCUUCAAGAGAACUUGCAUCUUGCUCAAUACGAAGACUCACGUCUACUACAGGAAGGCGGGCAUCAACACCGAGGCAGUGCCGCGUGUGUGGGAGAUCAACGCGGAAUAUCUCACCGAGGAGGGCAAACGUCUAUAUGGUCUUCACAAGGGUGGAACCAAGGAGAUCACAGAUGACUUCGUCGAGGAGGUGAAGAAGGAGCAGCUGUGGGUGGAGGCGGUCAUGCACAAGCGCUUCGCAGAGAGGAGUCGCAGCAAGGAGGAUGAAGAGGAAGAUGCCAAGCGCAAUCGGAUUCGGGAGCAAGUUUUCGGAGAGAGGCCAGCGGCGGUUCCUUCGGUGACUCAGCAAAUGCAAGACAAGCAGAAGCGUGCCCUUGAGAAGUCUGCAGUGUCGGUCAAGAAGGAGAAGUUUGAGAUGGAGCAGGAGGGGGUCUUCAAGAAAGCUAAGACAUGGAGCUUGAAUAUGCAGUCUUCUGGCAGCGUGAUCGACUUGGACUCUUCCCCGCAGAAAGUCGUGUCACCUUCACCUGUUGCCCCAGACCACGCUCAGCCAAAGGAAGCAACCAGAGCAGCAAGCUCCUUGUUGUGCAGCCAAGAAUCCAUAGAGAUGGACCAAGCAGCUGAGGAGAUGGAUGAGGCCUGGCUUCAUCCUGCUGGCUGCGGUGCUUCGAACGAGACCUACUCGGAGGUGUGCCUUUGCAAUUCUCUUCGCAGCCUUGGGUGCCCCAUUUCUUACGACAAGAAUGGCCCGUUCACUGCGGCUGAUGGAUGUGAGAUGUUGGCCCCCUUAGGUGCCACUUUGAAGUUAGUGUCUACAAACAGCAAGCUGCAGCCAGGCAAGUUUAUCGUGCUGGACACAACAAGAAGCCAUUUCUUCGCUGUCAUCAACGCGAACGGGAAGGUGCAGAAAGUCGACGAUGGCAUGCAUGCGUACAUCUCGGCGGAUGUCUUUGCGGAGUUCAUGAAGAGUCCGAUGUACCAUGUUUUCAAGCUGACCUUCAUGUGCGCUGGUGCCUCAAGCCUAUGCCCUGCUUUUCAUAUUCCCGGUGGCGCGCUCUCCAAGCCUGUGUACAGCACACACAUGAAGAGUUGCUCGUGUGGACACAAGGCUUUGUCCAAAGCUCAUGACAUCGAGGCGGUCGUCUAUUCCAGGAGUGGUCCAUCUGAUGCAAUCGUCCGGACUAUGCGCUGCACAGCUUGGGGUUGCAGGAAGACCUACGGCCCCAAUUUUGUCAAUGUCGAUGGAUGCAAACUGAACACCGCCAACCCGCAGGACAUUCAGAAGGUCUUGUUCGUGAACGUGAAGCGUGGCUUCAGCUUGGAGUACUUGCAGUACCACACCCAGCUUGAGUUCCGUGCAUUUGUUUCAUCCAGAGCCAUCCAGGAUGUGUACGAGAAUGUCUACGGCACCGUGGAUGAUACGGACUUCACUCGCUUCCGGAAGGCUCACGCAGAUGCAAUUAUGUACUGGGCGGCAUUGCAGGAGUUGUCUUCCCUUGGCAUCAACCAACCCAUUGAGAUCGGCAACGAACUCUCCGAGAUCUCUUUGGCUGCGUAUGACAAGCACCUGCACUCCAAAGGCUUCCCCCCUCGAAACAAAGCUUCUGUCACAGAGCUAGUUGGCGAUGGACAUGCCAAAGUCCAUGUGAAGUGCUCUGAGGUUGCGCCGCACCAAGGCAAGCCCCGCAAGAAUGGAAAGGGCAAGCCGUACGGGCACGGGUGGUUCAUGAUCGUCGACCCCAAGAACUUGCAAGUGCUUUCGGUUUCCUGCAUGAGCAAGCCAGAGAACAACGAAGUUGUGAAGGACUCACUGUUGAAGAUCUUGCCCAUGUACAAGAAGGUUAACUGCUUCGUGCUGGAUCGGAACUGCGCCUUCAUGCCGCAAGCCCUGGAGGUGAAAGAAUUCAAGCAGGUGAAGUAUUGGACCAUCGACUGCUUCCAUGCCACUGGGCACAAGAAGACAUGCAAGUGCAACCCUCUGCAUGUGCCGCGGUUGGCCAAGCGGUUGAAGCACGUGAACACGUCUGCGGCAGAGCAAGUGUUCGCGUGGUUUCGGAGCUACGCACGUGUGCUGAACGAAUCCUCUCCUCUCCGGCACGCCUUCAAGGUGCUCUACUACUGCAAGAUGCAUAACCAAGCGAUCCGCAACAAGAAGGCCACGUACAUCAACCAGCACGGCCAGCAGAAGCGCAAGCGUGUGGCCAAGCCCUAUCAGUGCUCCUCCGUCUACAAGAAACCGUCCGCCAAGUGA